AUGAGAAAACCACAAAUAAUUCAUUCUCGAUUCAGAGUUAGAGAAAAAUUAGAAGCUAAACGUAAAGGUCGUCAUACCGGACCUGGUAAAAGAAAAGGUACAUCAAAUGCUCGUAUGCCAACCGAAGUAUUAUGGAUGAGAAGGCAAAGAGUGUUGAGAAGAUUGUUAAGAAAAUAUAGGGAAGCUAAGAAAAUUGAUAAACAUUUAUACCAUCAAUUGUACAUGAAAUCAAAGGGUAAUGUAUUCAAAAAUAAACGUGUAUUGAUGGAAUAUAUUCAUAAAGCUAAAGCUGAGAAAGCUCCUGAAGCUCAUCGUCAAAAAGCCAAAGCUGCUAGAGAACGUCGUGUUAUACGCCAAGCCAAAAAGAAAGCAGAUUUACUUGGUUUAAAUACUGAAGAGGAAGAAGAAGAUCAAACCACUACACAAAAAUAA